AGAGACGUCACUAUGAGGACGUUGAAGCUCUCGAUUGGAUGAAACCGUGAACAGCUUAAUACCGUCAAGUGCAUGGUUCUGUGUGGUGCGAUACGGUGGAUCUAGUCAUGUAGUUGUAGAAGAAAUCAUGAUUUGAGCUCUAAAGACAAAAUAAGUAUUAUUUUUGACUGUGCGGUACUAUACUGUCAAUGUAUGUAAAGUAAAUAGAUGAAUUUAUUGGAGUUUCCUCAGGUGGUACAGUAAACCUGAGAGCUAUUUGAUCAUGGCAGAGCCAGUGUUAUCUGUGUGUUGGAAAAACCAUACCAGUGAACUUGCCACAGAAUAUAAAAGUUUGUUGGAGAAUGAUUUUUUGGUGGAUUGUACUCUCUCUGCUGAGGGUCAGCAACUGAAAGCUCAUAGGCUGGUUUUAUCUGCUUGCAGCCCUUAUUUUCAUAUGCUGUUUCAAGAGGACUCUGGAAAGCACCCAUUUGUCAUCCUCUUAAAUGCAUCAUUUGAAACACUGAAGGCUGUAAUUGAUUUUGUUUACCAAGGGGAGACUCAUAUUCCAGAAAGAAACUUAAAAGCGUUUCUGAUACUUGCUCAGUCUCUGCAGAUCAAGGGCUUAAAUGCUUUUACUCGGGAUGAUAAGAAUAAAAAGCAAUCCAGCAGUCCUGCUCCAAAUGUUCCUCAAGUUUCAUCUGAAAAUAUUCAAAUCACCAGUGAAGUUGAUGGUAUUAAUGCUAGCCUUGGAAAUUAUUCUCAGCAGCAUCCCCAUCUUUCAGACAGCUACUCUGAUAGUGUGCAAACAAACUCUUCUAUUCCUCUUGCAGCAUACAGUGCCUCAUAUGAGAAUGUGCGGUCAGGGGCAUCAAUGACACAUUUGGUUGAACAUCAUCGACCUUUAGGAUGUGAUGAAGUGUUUGCGGACUCUGAAGUGACUGUAAAACAUGAACCUUUGUAUCACGUAUUUCCAGAGACUAGAAACAAAACACCGGUAAAUGUUAAAAGUUAUGAAUGUGGGAGUGGAAAUUUCCAGAGAGAAAUGGAUGUUGGAACUACUUCAGUGUGUGGUGAUGAGGAUUUGAACAUUUUCUCAAGUUGUAGCGAGUCCUCUCAUGGGAAUACGGAAUUGUCCCUGAUGCCUCCUGCCCAAGAGCAGCGUACACAAUUGAGCAAUGAAGUGCCUUCUGAACGAGAUGUUGCAGAGAGAGGUGAAUCUUCCCAGCCUGAGAGUUUGAUGCUGAAAGAAGAACAUUUGGAUGCUGAGAGUGAUGAUCUCAUGGAUGACCGUGAUAUGCCAGUAAAUCAUAUGACUGAAGCAGAUGUAGGACUGGAGUCUGCGUAUGGGGAACAGAAUCCUGACCAAUGCUCAAGCGCAGCCGGCCUCCCGCCGGAGAAGGAGCUGGCAACGCCGCGGCGGAGACCCCCAGGGCAGCAGAGCGAGUCGCCCCCGCCGCACACGAGGCUGCGGUCGCCCCAGCACUUCGGCGAACAUUCGCCUGCCUCGUUCGACAAGGGUGGGUUAUCGAGCGCCCACGCAGGCUCUUACGCCGGCGAUACCCGGCGUCGCGGCGGCACGGGAGCGUACUCGUGCGAGGUGUGCCGGAAGGUGUUCGCGUUCGCGUCGCAGCUCGUCAUUCACCAGCGCACGCACACGGGAGACCGGCCGUUUCGCUGCGACGUGUGCGGCAAGGCGUUCGCGCAGUCGGGCAACCUCGUGGCGCACGCCCGACGGCACACGGGCGAGCGGCCCUUCGCCUGCGACCUGUGCGGCAAGGACUUCGCGCGCGCCUUCAACCUCGCCCUGCACAAGCGGAGGCACCACUAACCCGCUCGCCUCCCUUGACAGCCAGACAUCUCGGCCGUAGGACACGUCAACAUUCCCCUCUUUUCAGCGGUCAACGGAUUGGCGAAUUUCGUGGAUGGACCUCUGUUAAGCGGACACCUCUACCGAUUGUAAUACGCGGAAAAGUAAUGACGUAUUGUCAGAUUUCUUCCAACAUUGUGCAUCCAAUGUAUCCGUGGGUUUUUAAGUGCGAAAAAAAUCCUUCGUACUCUUUCCUUCGGAGGCGAAGUAAACCCGGCUGUCUCAUGUUGUAGAUGUACUGCGUGAAACGAUCCUCAAGCAUACAUGAAGCCUCUGAGCCAAAUUCAGAUCGCCUGUUUCGUCAUCGAGUGAUGCGUCCUUUCUUCGCUUAGUGUGCGAAAGGAGCCUCUCGGAAUUUGCGUGAUCAGACGGAAGAGCGGGCCUGAUUGGAGCCACCUUGUGAUUGCGAACCUCUCAGCUGCGCGGUUGCUUCAGGAGCGUGCGGGUUGAUUUGUGAGGUAGCUUUGCAAAAGAUGCGGUGGAGAUGGGGAGGCAGCAAAUCCUGUGUCCGAGGACGCAAUGCUGGUUUGACUGGUGAUCACAUUUCUGAGGAGUUUGUAUUCUGGUCAUUAGCGUGCAGCCUUUCGGUUGUUGAGCCCUAGAUGGAACGCCAUUUAUGUGGUUGGAGUGGAUCUCUCGCGAAGUGCGGCGUUGGUAGUCGGCACGAGACUGAAGGCCCUCG